AUGGUCAGGGUACUUCUUACGGGCGGAUCUGGCUUCAUUGCCGCCCACACCGUUGAUAUCCUUCUUCAGAGAAAUCACGAUGUUGUUUUUACUGUGCGUUCGGAUGAAAAGGGCCAGAAAAUCUUGAACAAUCACCCUGGUACUUCAUCAUCCAAAUUGAGCUAUGUGAUCGUCCGUGAUAUUGCACGAGAGGGAGCAUUCGAUGAAGCGGUCAAAUCGGAUCCUCCAUUCGAUGCUGUCCUUCACACAGCAUCGCCCUUCCAUUUCAACGUCACAGAUGUGAAGAAGGACUUAUUGGACCCUGCCAUUGUUGGCACAACCACUCUCCUGGAAGCUAUCAAGAAGAACGCUCCAUCUGUAAAGCGCGUGGUCAUCACCUCAUCAUUUGCUGCCAUCAUCAAUCCCAGCAAUCAUGCCAAGGUAUAUUCAGAGUCAAACUGGAAUCCAAUAACCCAGGAGCAGGCGGUGGCCAGUCCUCAAGACGGCUACAGAGCAAGCAAAACCUUCGCGGAAAAGGCUGCGUGGGAUUUUGUGGAAAGGGAGAAACCCAACUUUGAUAUUGCUACCCUUAACCCACCUCUAGUCCUCGGCCCUGUGGUACAUUACCUCAACUCACUGGACACCCUCAACACUUCAAACGAGCGGGUGCGCAACUUAAUCCAGGGAAAAUCACGAAACGGUUUACCACCAUCCGGUGUAUUCAUUUGGGUGGAUGUGCGCGACCUGGCUCUCGCGCACGUCAAAGCACUGGAGGUCCCCGAGGCUGGGGGGAAACGAUUUUUGAUUACCGCAGGUCAUUACUCGAAUGGAGAAAUUGCCAGUGUCAUCAAAACCAAAUUCCCUGAAUUGUCGAACAAGCUGCCCGAUGAUUUAAAGAGUGACCGUCCUGGGGAUGUCUAUGGCUUCGAUAAUUCUCGCAGUAAAGAAAUUCUUGGAAUUAGGUACAGGUCUCUCGAAGAGAGCGUUGUCGAUACUGUCAAGUCACUCCUUGAACUUGGCGCUUAG